AUAGAAGAUAUAUUUAUCAAUGAAGUCAUAAAAGGACAAAGGGUGCUUUAUUGUCUUACAUUUAUUGUAAAAGAAUCAGUUGGUAGACAGGAUUCAAGAAGAUUAGUUCCAGUAUUUCAAGAUUUAUUACCCGAAAGAAAAUGCCUGGAAUACAUAUACGAACCCUUAGCCAAUUUAAUUGGCUCGAAAAAGAAUCUCUGCUAACUAUUCCUGGUGCUUAUUGGCUAUGUCAUAAAAAGAAUAUAUACAAGUUCAUCUUUAGAUAUCAUCGUACAGUGAAAAAUAUCAUACAAUUUUCAUAUGGACGAGAAUUAUUAAAAAUUAUACGAAAAAUUAUAAAAUGUCAUCCAACGCAAGGUCAACAAUUUGGCACGCAACACCUUCUUGUUACUUACAAUUGUACAUCUUGGACUCGACAAGACAAAAUGUUUGCAAUAAUGAAAUUUCAGCAACGAACUAAUGCUGCAGCAUUCUCACACGCGUUUGUAUUGACUAUAAAGACUUUUCCUUUGUUGGAACAUUCGUUAUUCGAUUUAAAAUAUCCCAUUGUCAAAGAAGCUGACGCAGGUACUACAUUUAAAGAUUUGAAUAUUUCCUUGGACACUGAAGAGAAAAUUAUUAGCAACAUGAUAUCUAUCACUGAUAAGGAAUCUCCAAUGAAAGAUACAACAUGUCAUACUAAAGAAAUACAUGCAAAAUAUAUCAUUAAGAACAUGACGUUAAGUAAAGCAUUGGAAACAAAAAUCAAUUCUUUUCAAGAUGAUACAAUGGAGUCUGCGUCUUUGCGCGAGAAUCUAGAUAAAAGAAUUGAAAAUGCCACAAUUACAACUCAAAUGCAUUUUAUUGAUAAACAUAAUAAAGAAUUUCAUAAUGAUAUACAAGAAAAUAAAUAUAUAAACUGUAAUACUGAAAUGUAUGAAAAAAACAUAGAACAAUAUUCUAUCGAUUGUGUUCAAGAACAAUCUUUAAAAACAAAUGAAACAAAUGAAAUUGAAAAGACACAGAAAAUGAAUGAAGAGGUAAAAACAGAAUCGGCAUUAAUACAGAAGCAGAAACAAACACAAGAUAUACAGAAAUACACAAUAUCUUCUUCAUUAAAAUCUCCUCUUACAGGAAUGAUAAUAGGUAGCAAUAAUGAAUGCUCAUUAAAUAAAUUCAAUUUUGAUGAAAAAUCGAUACAAAAAGAUGAUAUUUGCACCAUCAAUAAUAAAGACAAUUUAAAUAAUAAUAAAAAGACGAUCAGUGAAAAUAUAAAUUCUAACAAUGUAUUACAUCAAAAUUUUAUUGAGAAACAGAUAAAGAAUUCGAAAUUCAACUUAAUUAUUGAUCAACCGAUGCAAAAGAUCGAGAUAAAGAAUAUAGAUAAAGAUUGUGUUCCAAAAAUGAUCGAAGAAAAUGAUAAGUCUAUAUACAUUAAUCAAGAUCACAAUGAAACAAACUUAGAAUUCCAAGAAAAUAAUAGACAAUGUAAAACUUCAAUGGAUAUCGACGAUAAACAGUCAGAAAAUCAUAUGCAUAGUAAGUCGUACAAAACUCGUAAACAAAAAGGUAGGGACUCCGAGAAAAAAACCGUACCUGACAAAGUUUUACGCUCCUCUAAUAUUACCGAUUUAGUAAUGGAAGGUUUAAUGUUUACUAUACGACAAGAUCAGGAUAGUGUAGCCGUCAUAGAACAAAAGACUAAAUUAGAAAUAGACGAAGUCUUAGAAAAUUCAGAAAAGGUAGAAACGAAAGCUGGAGAAAAAUGUUUAUUAAAUUCGAGCUUACUAAGGUUGGAGAACUUGGUGACUAUGAUUGACUCUCCGCGCAGUAAAGAUGAAGAGCAUAAAAAUCACCACACAAUCGGCAAUAGUGCAAAUCUAUCGCCUUUCAAUGCUUUUCCUAAUGAUAUAUAUAAUGAUGUAUAUAAUGUAAAUAUUAAUGAGGUAGAUACAGGAAUGAAUGAAUCAAAUGUUUCUAAUUAUGAUAAACAUAAUACGAUGAAACAUUUAAAUCUGUACCAAUCACGAUGGCAACAUCAAUGCGUUUCCUCUAAGAUUAGUAAUAGUUGUUCAGCAAGCGAAAUCUCGAUAAAAAAUCGGGAACAAUUAAUGGAAUGGCAAGGUAGUGAUGAUGAGCAAAAUAAAAGUUAUAAAAAUAACAUCGAAAUUAGAAAACAAGAACAUUAUUUCUGGGAUAAUAUUCCUGAGAUUUCGCUGUCUAAGAAAGUAAAUGCAGGAUUGCAAAAUACAGCAUCACUAAUUAAUAGAAAUAUCGAAGAGAUAGACAAAUAUGAUAAAUCGAUGGAAGAACAAUAUAGUUCUUCACCAUCAAAUUACUUGUUAAAUUCAAGUAAAAUGUCCACGGUUUCUGUAAUUUCUGAGAACUCUAAUUCGAUUGAAUUAUCUCACCGAGAGGCAAAUGCUCCGAGAAUAGUUUCGAACGAAUCUAUUACUAUUGAACAAAUGUCACCAGCCUUGCAGAAUGUUUUGCGACAUAGAUGCAGAGCACGCAAAUCUUCAACGACCAGCAAUGGAAUGUUUCAACAGAAUGAACAGAAAAUGCAAUCUAUGGCAUUGAUGGAGGACACAAUUUCUGAAACGGAUAACUUGAAAGAUAAAUGUACAGAUUCCAACAUAGUAAAUAUCACAAUUAAUUCGAAAAAAAUUAAUAAUAAUGAGAAAUCUUGUGCAAUGAUCAAUAAGAACGUUUCGGAAAUGAAUAGAAACACACAUGUAAAAAAUUCGAAAAGAAAGAACAGGACUCGUCGUACUUUACGAAGUUCAUCAUCAAAGCAUGAUUCACCAAGAAAAUUACAGGAUAUCACAGAAGAGUUUUAUUACGACUUGAUGCAUGUACACAACGAAGACAAUGCUAUUCGAAACAGAUGUCUCAAGCAAAAACAAAAAUCUUUGAACAAUCUCAACGGCAUUAAAAGCGGCAAAGUACGUAUACAAAUGUUGAAGUUCAUUCAGGACAUCACGGAGGGUGUUAGAGUGGUGGUGAAACGGCUAAAUAUAGACAAUAAAUCUAAUUUAUUAGAGAAAAAUUCUAAUUUAAUUUAA